AAAUGAUAUUUUUUUCUGUGUCCCUUUGUGUUUCUAAUACUUAAUCUAGCAUGUAUUGAUGAUGCAAGUAUAUUCAACACCAGAUUGGAUUUUGGUACUUUGGCCUUUGUUUCAAACUAAGUGCAAGGUGUAUUGCAAUCAGUUUUUUCAAGGUACAGUUGAAAUGCAGUGCACCUGCUCUCCUAAAUAAUGAUUUAACUAUAUGUUGCUGGUUUUGCUAGUUUAGUCACAGUUCUUAUGGAGGCAUCUUAGAAGGCCUGGUAUAUAGGGGGGGGAGGAUGCUGUGAUGAUUAGCGAACUGAAGUUGUUGCAGAGAUGAUGGAGACUAUGGAUAGCACAGAGAGUGUGUUCUUUUGUGUGAAUACACAUAAAAAAAAAAAAGGUGUUCUAGGACAGGAGACUGGGCCAUGUGAUGUAUGGUGAAGUUGUAGUUCUCCUAGGAAAGGGUAGUGGCAUAGGGCAUAAUUGCAUAGAAAUAGCCUUUUUUAGCUCUACUACUGAAGGGGCAAUGCAUUUAUAUCUUCAAAGGAAAAACGUGUAUGUGUGUGCACGUGUGCAGUUAGUUAAGAACUGUUAAUGCUCUGAACACUACAUACAGCCUAAUGUGAUAACGCUAGCGCAUGAAGUUGAGUGAUUUCAAACAACCCUUGAAAUGAUAAUGCACUGCCAGUUAUUAAGCAUUACAUUACAUUAUCUUACUCUUGUUUUCAGCCUUGGUGAAAGAUUAUUACUAGUAAUUACAGCUUGACUUCACGUUUUGCAAUGAUGUGAGAUUAAGCUGCCAGCACAAGUUGGCUUCAGGAGCAUGUUGCAGAUCUUAGUAGAAGUAUUUGUGGAAUCAUCCCAGGAUUAAGUAGCAUCUUUCUGCCACGAAUGAACCCUUUUGUCUUGAUUGAUAUUGCUGGAGCUCUAGCUCUUUGCAUUACAUACAUGCUCAUUGAAAUCAACAACUAUUUUGCUGUAGACACAGCCUCUGCUAUAGCAAUUGCUUUGAUGACAUUUGGUACCAUGUAUCCCAUGAGCGUCUACAGUGGGAAAGUACUACUCCAGACAACCCCACCCCAUGUGAUUGGCCAGUUGGAUAAACUUCUUAGAGAGGUUUCAACUUUGGAUGGUGUUUUGGAAGUUCGAAAUGAGCAUUUCUGGACAUUGGGUUUUGGCACAUUGGCUGGAUCAGUACAUGUCCGAAUUCGGAGAGAUGCAAAUGAACAAAUGGUACUUGCCCAUGUCACUAACAGAUUGUACGCAUUGGUCUCUACCUUGACUGUUCAGAUUUUCAAAGAUGACUGGAUCAGACCUACCUUAUCAUCUGUGCCUAUUGCAAACAAUAUUCUGAACAUUUCGGAUCAUCAUAUUAUUCCAAUGCCAUCUUUGAAAGCUGCUGAUAAUUUGAACCCUGUUACGUCCACUCCAGCUAAGCCUGGCAGCCCACCGCCAGAAUUUGCUUUUAAUACACCAGGCAAAAAUGUGAAUCCAGUCAUUCUUUUGAACACGCAGACAAAGCCCUAUGGAUUGGGCUUGAAUCAUGGAUCCACACCCUACAGCAGUGUACUCAACCAAGGACUUGGAAUACCGGGAAUGGGAGCAACUCAAGGAUUCAGAACUGGUUUUACAAAUGUCCCAAGCAGAUAUGGAACCAACGCUCGUGGUCAACCCCGACCAUAAUAAACACCAUUAUUUAUUAUA